UAAAAGGAAGUACUUCUAAACUGUAAAGAGAAAGCUAAGGGGUGUGGUUAUGGCAUAGCAGCUAUAGAACCUAUUAUUAAGACAAGCCUAGGAAGCUUACUCUCUGUGUUUCUGAGGAUAGAAGCACAGAGAUUGCAUCAUGGGAAGAAAGUCAUUGUACCUUCUAAUUGUGGGAAUCUUUGUAGCAUAUUAUACUUACACGCCUAUCCCAGAUAACUUUGAGGAGCCCUGGAGACUAAUGCUGAUCAACACACCACUGAAAACUUUUCAAAAUUUGGUUUCAUUCUUCGAGUUUCUGGGAUUUUACCAUCUUGCUGAUUUAAUUGCGCUAAGUAAAGCCUUUUUAGAAGUCCCGCCAACUUCAGAUGAAAAUGUCACUGUGACUGAGACAACAUUUGAUAAUGUUCCUGUGCGUGUAUAUGUACCAAAGAGGAAGGUGGAUGCACAAAGAAGGGCUGUGUUUUAUAUUCAUGGUGGUGGUUGGUGUUCUGGAAGCCCUGCUUUAUAUAGUUAUGACUUGCUCUCAAGAUGGACUGCAGAGAGACUGGAUGCUGUUGUCAUAUCAAUUGAUUACAGAUUAGCACCUAAAUAUCAUUUCCCAAUCCAAUUCGAAGAUACAUAUAAUGCUUUACGGUGGUUCUUACGCAAAAAUGUUCUUGAAAAUUAUGAUGUAAAUCCUGAGAGAAUUUGUGUUUCUGGAGACAGUGCAGGUGGAAAUUUAGCUGCAGCAGUGACUCAGCAGCUUGCACGUGACCCAGAAGUCAAGACCAAACUCAAGAUCCAGGCUUUAAUUUAUCCUGCACUUCAACCUCUUGAUUUAGAUUCACCAUCAUGUCAAGAAAAUGCACAUAUGCCAAUUCUAUCUAAGUCCCUCUUGGUCAGGUUCUGGAGUGAAUAUUUUACAACUGACAGGUCACUUGAAAAAGCCAUGCUUUCCAAUCAGCAUGUACCUGAAGAAUCAAGUCAUCUCUUCAAGUUUGUUAAUUGGAGUUCCCUGCUCCCUGAGAGAUUUAGAAAAGGACAUGUUUAUAGCAACCCAACUUAUGGUAGUUCUGAGUUAUCUCAAAAAUAUCCUGGGUUCCUAGAUGUGAGGGCAGCUCCUUUGUUGGCAGAUGACAGCCAGUUGCGUAGUUUACCCCUGACGUAUGUCCUCACUUGUCAAUAUGACGUUUUGAGAGAUGACGGACUCAUGUAUGUCACCCGACUUCGGAAUGUUGGAGUUCAAGUGACCCAUAACCAUGUUGAGGAUGGAUUCCAUGGAGCAGCUUUCUUUCUGCAACUUAAAAUAAGUCAUAGACUGAUAAAUCAGUAUAUUAAUUGGCUAAACAAAAAUCUAUAGCAAAACAUAUAUUCCUGAUACAUUUUUAAAAUGCACUAAACAUUAAAGCAUCAUAAAAUUCACAUGGAAUUAAACCAGUAUGGUUUGGAAAGGUCUAUUGAAAUUCCACAUGUAGUAUAAUAAUUCUUGCUGUAAAUAUCUUCUGUCCUUUUUGUUACUCUGAAUGAUUUCAUUCAACAUUUCGCACUGUAAAUGUGCUAUUCCUGUCACCCCUCCUUGUGUACUGUAAAUUUUACUUUUUAAAACAUUUUUUCUUGUACAAUAUCUUUUCUGUGUGUUGGUAACCACUAAUAAGUGUAAUAACAGAAAUAUAAGAAAGAUUGUCUAUUAUUGUUUAAUAUCAACAUCCUAGUCAAUGUACAGGGUUUGAAACACUCCUAGUAACUGAUACAGGAUGAAUCUCAAAUCUUUGCAAAAAUAGUUUUCACAGGACAGUGCUGGUUUAUUACAUCUGUAAUUUUUUCCCUUGAUGCACUUUUGUAACCCAUGUAACAAGAAUUAUACUGUUCAAUACUUACGAUCACCAGAGGAAUUAGCUGCUUUGUAUUUGUAAUGUAAAGAAAUUGAAGCUCAGAGAAGUCUGAAGUGGUCUUUAGGACAGAAAAUACUAGCAUCCACAGAAUAUACAAGUAGAACUAAGUGAUUUGCAAUAAAACAAAAGUCAGAAAAAUUUUAUUUGUGAAAAGGUUAUUUUAACAAUGCAGAGUAAAAAUAAAAUGGCUUAUGCUUAAGACCAGUCUGAAUAUUUGUAUUGAGCAUGAUCUAUAUAAUGCCUCAAAAUCACAAAAAAUCCUAUCAACAGGUAUUCCUCAAUUGGUAGAUGAGUUCUAUCCAUGUGAUUUUCUAGUACUUAGCCAUUUUUUCUCUUUGUGUACCAUCCUUACUGUCUAUUUUUGUAUUUGCAGUCCUGGUUAUUAUAUUUUUAGUACUAUAUAUAUAUAUAUAUAUAUAUAUAUAUAUAUAGUACUAUAUAUAUAUAUAAUCUAGACAGAGACAGAAUAAGGAAACAGUUACAUUUGAGGUCAUUUUAUUUUAUUAGGAAAAUUGUAGUAAUCCCAGAAACUCAAAAACCAAUAAAUUCCUUAUAAACAGUUAAUAGAAUCAUAUAGUGGGAUAUUUCUCAAAGUGGGAGUUUUUCACAUGAGAAAAGUACAUUUUAUUAUACUAAAAAACAAAAUAAUGCUAAGCAAUACUAAAUAAUUAGCAGAGGAUACCACACAUAGCUGUAGAAAUAUCUUGUUAAAUAACAACAUUGGGAUAAAUAUUUUUCUGAUAAACAUAUAAAUACAUUGAGUUAAUAGUAAAUACAAAGACUAGAAAUAAAAUAUGUAUAUGUAACCUCCAGUGAUUUUUCUUUGCACUGUGUACAAGCAUAAGAUGUUUUUAUUACCAUGCAUAAAUUCUUACAUUAAUCUACAGCUGGCAAUUGUUAUUGCUUUACUCAAACAAAGUAAAAGUUGUCAUUAACAUAAUACCUAGAGGCAAAUAACUUGGCUACAGAAUACCUACCACUGGUAAAUGUUAUUCACAAUUACAAAUCUUGUCCCACAUGGCUUAGAAUCCUAGUUACUUGGGUAGGUGAAGCAGGAGAAUUGCAAGUUUAAGGACAGAAAAAGCAAUUUGUUAAAAUUCUAUUUCAAAGUAAGAAAUAAAAAGGACUGGGUACCUAUCUCAAUAACAGACUCACACUGGCUUAACACACACACAUACAUACUUAAAUUUAAGACAGCAUAAAGCAAACAAGAUAAACAUGGUGGGAAUACAAUUUAUUGAAGUUUACAAAACUAACACUACAAAAAUUUGAUGCUGUCUUGGUAAGUUUGAUAAUGUUUUUAAGGUUAGUUUUAUAUCUAAUAAAAUUGAGUGUCAUGAUGAAAUUCCCAUACAGGGAAACUGCUUUGAAAGGAAAGUUUCCAGCAUUCCAAUCAUUCAGCAAUUCUACUUUCAAUUGCUUUCUAAAAACAAAUUGAAACAUAGUUCUAAGAAAAAAUACUGCUAUAGUUAAAUUCCAAUUUUAGCAGUAUGGUGCCAGCAAAAUUGGUGAAGGAAUUUCUUUGUUGUAAUCUAGUUUUAACCAUUGCGCCUCAUUUCUGUUUUGUAUGCAGCACCCCCCCUUCCCUUCUUAUCUUUCUAGGUUCAGUUUCAAUUUCCUGAGAAAGCUGUAAAAGCCUUAGGUAUCAGUUUCCUGUAACCUCUUCCCCUACCCCUCAUCCGGUUAUCUGUAAUAAAAUGUGCUGUUCUUUAAGAAAUGCUUAACUUCAAGGAAAUUACAGGAAGUUCUAUAAAGCCCAGAUGCUACCUAACUGUGUCAGUGAUUGCAACAUUCCCUUGGUUUUCGACUUUAAAACCCAGUCUUCCCUGGGAUUGAGUCACCAAGGCCUGGCCUAAAAUAAAGCCUUUGCUCCCCAAAUUUUAAUUUCUUGCUUCCUUGGGUUUUAUUUUGGGGUCUGAGCUAUCACAUUUGGGGGCACGCCCGGGAUGGGAGCAAGAUCCCAGACUCAUUUCUGAACAUUUGAAAUCCCUGCAGACUCUCCAACCCGUGUUGACUUCAAUCCACCAGCUGAUUAGACAAAAACACCCAGAUCUGCCUUCAGAGACACCCCUCAAAGCACCGACCAAGCCAGGGAUUCCAGUCUUGGUGCAGUGGCACCACCGUGACUCCCUCAAACCCCACUGGGAAGGACCUUUCACCGUGGUGCUCAGCACUCCCACCACCAUCAAGGUAGCACAAAAGACUGCAUGGAUUCACCAUACCCAUGUCAAACCAUUGGAAGCAACAGACAGUGAGGAGUGUUCUCAAUUGACUGUACAGCAGACUGGUAACCCCUUAAAGUUAAAAUUGACUAAAGCAUAUUUAGAUUAUGCCAGGCAUGAACUGUUUUAACUUGCUUGCUUUGAUUUUAUUAACAUUGAUGCCAACCUUGCAUGGCGGCUUUGGUCCCCCUGUAAGCAAAGAACAAUUGUUAAGAUCUUGGUAUGGGAGCCCCUGUGAUUGUGGAGGGGGCUAUAUUACUAAAGGUAAAGACACCAACUGGGGGGGAAUUAUUCAUACAGUAGGAAACAAGGAUCGAGAUCCUUCCCGCACAAAUGAUAAAUUGUAUGCAUACAGUCUUCGGACAGAUUGUGGGGACAAGUUAACAUUCCUUGUUGCUAUACCCUCAGUUACAGGGGGUUUGAUUCAAAGGUGGAUGUGUAUGUUAAAGCCCUGUGUGAUACCUAACAAAGGCAGCCAGCCAGGGCCAUGCCCUCAGAAUUGUUCUUAGUAGUCUGAAAUGCAUUCCUCCUGCUAUGACUCUGUACAAGAAUGUAUAGGCAUAGAUAGCAAAACUUACUUCACUGCUGAGCUUACGAGGACACGGGCUGGAAGUGUUGGAGGUGAUUGGUCCACCAAUCCAACAAUGAUAGGAAGUUCAAAGUAUGCCUAAGCCUCAUAUCUUGGCAUGGUUGGUAAAUCAGUGUGCUGGAGAAGGGUGGCCCCUAUACAUGUGUCUGAUGGGGGUGGCCCACAAGAUAAGAUCAGAAAACUCAUGGUUGAGGAAUGAGUCAAGCAGCUAAUAAAAAUAAUGUUUCCCCAGAUAUAUUACCACCCCCUGAUGCUGCCUAAAUCGUGGGGAGUUGAUCUGGAUGCUCAAACUUCUGAUAUUCUAGAGGCCACUCAUAAAGCCUUAAAUGCUUCCAACCCAACUUUGGCUGAAGAUUGCUGGUUAUGCAUGGCACAGGGCUCCCCCAUGCCCCUUGCAAUCCCCUCCAAUGUUUCUCUGACUACACUGGAGGAACAAGAUUACUUAAAUUUUAGUACUGGUACCCCUUUAGAGUACAACCAGUAGGCUUCAAGGACUCUGUCUCCAAGGAGGUUUUCAUAAUGAUACCUCUGACACUGACGUGGGGUUCAUUGCAUUUACUAAUUGUAGUUCCAUAGUUAACUGGACUACCUCCCUUUAUCCCACCAAAGGGCAAAUAUUUAUUUGUGGAGGAAAUAUGGCCUAUACUUUCCUCCCAACUAACUGGACAGGGAUAUGUGUAACAGCUGUCCUAUUGCCUGAUAUAGAGAUCCUACUGGGGGAUGAGCCUGUCCUCAUUCCUAGUUUAGAUUACAUCACAGGCUGAUCAAAGGGGGCAGUUCAAUUUAUCCCUUUAUUGGUAGGCCUAGGAAUAUCAGGAGCCUUAGGUAUGGGGGCAGCAGGGGUAGGGGUUUCUGUCCAACUUUCCAACCAGAUCGUUAGUGAUGUGCAGGCAUUAUCUAGUACCAUUCAGGUCAUUCAAGACCAAAUAGACUUGUUGGCUGAAGUAAUUCUCCAAAACAGAAGGGGAUAAAAUCAAGAGACUACAGGAAGACCUAGUUAAAAGAAGGAGAGAGCUAUUUGAAAACUCUUUAUGGAGUGUCUAGAAUGAAAUCCUGCCCUAUCUCAUGCCCUUGCUUGGACCAUUGUUAGGGGUACUGCUCCUGGUCACAGUAGGUCCUUAUAUACUCAGUAGAAUAACUGCAUAUGUCAGACAACAAAUGCAAGGCAUAAAGUGGAUAAUGUUACGCCAGCACACCUACGAGCCCAUACCUCAAAAUCCUUAAAAUUAGGUCAAAGUUUUGAUCCUCAGUCACAACAUCAGAGGAGAAUGUUGUAACCUAGUUUUAACCAUUGCACCUCAUUUCUGUUUUGUAUGUACCGCUCAGCCCUCCCCUUCCCUUCCUAUCUUUCUAAGUUAAGUUUCAAUUUCCUGAGAAAGCUGUAAAAGCCUUAGGUAUCAGUUUCCUGAAACCUCCUCCCCUACCCCUUUUCUGGCUAUCUGUAAUAAAAUGUGCUGUUCUUUAAGAAAUGCUUAACUUCAAGGAAAUUACAGGAAGUUCUAUAAAGCCCAGAUGCUACCUGUGUCAGCGAUUACAACAUUCCUGUGGUUUUCAGCUUUAAAACCCAACCUUUCUAGCUGUAAGGUGCAUAGUCUCCAAAUUGGCUCCUGGGGUUUGCAUUGCUAGGGCCUGGCCUAAAAUAAAGCCUUUGCUCUCCAAAUUUUAA